UGGGACCUGCUUCAGAACGUCAUGAACGAAUCCCUCAUCUACAUUUACUCAGUCUGCAACGUGCAGGAAGGCGAUCAGGAUAACUGGCUGCGGACCAACUGGAUCUACCGAGGGGAAGCCCAGCGUAUCUUCAUUGAAAUCCAGUUCACGGUCCGGGACUGCAACACCUUCUCACCUGGGACGGGCACCUGCAAGGAGACUUUCAACCUCUUCUACGCCGAGUCGGACGUCGACUACGGCAUCAAUUUCCAGAAGCGCCAGUUCCAAAAGAUCGACACCAUUGCCCCCGACGAGAUCACCCUGCUGGAAGACUUCACCACCCGCAACGUGAAGAUCAACGUGGAGGUGCGCUCGGUCGGGCCCCUCACCCGGAAGGGCUUCUACGUGGCCUUCCAGGACAUCGGGGCCUGCGUGGCGCUCCUCUCUGUCCGAAUCUACUACAAGAAGUGCCCCGGAGUCUUCCGCAAUAUGGCCAGCUUUCCGGAAACCAUCGCUGGGGCCGAUUCGCAAGACCUGGCCAAGGUGCCUGGGACGUGCGUGGCGGAAGCCGUGGCCACCGAGGAGCCCUUCAUGCACUGCAACUCGGAUGGAGAGUGGCUGGUGUCCAUUGGCGAGUGUCUUUGUCGAGAAGGAUACGAAAAAGAUGGGGACAGCUGCAAAGCUUGCUCGCCCGGAUUCUUCAAACAAGAUGUCGCCAACAGCGCCUGCUUGAAGUGUCCCUUGCACACGCUGCCUUCUUCGGAAGGCUCCACUUUGUGUCCUUGUGAGGAAGGCUACUUCCGGGCUCCAAGUGAUCCGGUGUCCAUGUCGUGCACAAAACCCCCCUCUGCUCCUCGUGGGGUGACGGCAAUUGGUCUGGGUGCUAAAGUCAAGCUGCAUUGGUCUCCACCCCAGAACACGGGGGGCCGCCAAGACGUCACCUAUCGAGUAUCGUGCGAACAGUGCUGGCCAGACUCAGGGGACUGCCGGCCUUGUGACACCAUUCUCCGCUAUUCAGACAAUCCAAACCGACUCACUGGCACUUCUUUGACGAUUAGUGAUCUUGAGCCACAUGUAAACUACACUUUCACCGUAGAAGCUCAUAAUGGAGUGUCCUCCUUCAGUCCCCAGCGCAGCUACGGAGUCACUAGCAUCAGUGUCAAUCAGACAGAACCACCAAGAGUAACUUCGGUGACCAUGGACAGUCGCACCGCUACCAGUUUAACACUAUCUUGGACUGUCCCUCCUCGCCAACAGAGCCACGUUUGGAAGUACCAGGUUACUUACAAGAAGAAGAAGGAUGAAAACAGCUACUCAGUCCUGCGCUCUGAAGGAAACUCAGUCACCCUCCAUAAGCUGACUCCCAAGACUAAGUACCUGGUGAGCGUCCAGGCGCUGACGCAGGAGGGUCACGGAGCCCACAGCAUGGAGCAUGAGUUUGAAACGCUCCCUGAAACUUCCGAAGGUGCGAAUACUGCUGCGGUCCUCGGAGGGUCCAUUGCUGGCUUCGUCUUCACGCUUGCUGUCGUCGUGAUACUUUUUCUCGUCAUUCGACAGAGGAAAAAGAAUUCGCGGGCCCGGCAGACUUCAGAAGAUGUUUACUUCUCCAAGUCUGAUCAGCUCAAACCCCUGAAGACUUAUGUGGAUCCCCACACCUACGAAGACCCCAAUCAGGCGGUCCUGAAGUUCACCACCGAGAUCCACCCUUCCAGCGUUUCCCGACAGAAAGUGAUUGGAGCAGGAGAAUUUGGUGAAGUUUAUAAAGGGAUUCUGAAAACUGGCAAGAAAGAGAUCCCUGUGGCCAUAAAGACGCUGAAAUCGGGUUACACCGAAAAACAACGCAUUGACUUUUUGAGCGAGGCGAGCAUCAUGGGACAAUUCUGCCACCACAACAUCAUUCAUUUGGAAGGAGUUGUCUCCAAAUAUAAGCCCUUCAUGAUCAUCACCGAAUACAUGGAGAACGGUGCCCUGGAUAAAUUCCUACGGGAAAAAGAUGGGGAGUUUUGUGUCAUCCAGUUGGUGGGCAUGCUGAGGGGAAUUGCUUCUGGAAUGAAAUACUUGGCCAGCAUGAACUACGUGCAUCGGGAUCUGGCUGCUCGCAAUAUCCUUGUGGACAGCCAGCUAGUCUGCAAAGUCUCCGAUUUUGGUCUGUCCCGUGUCCUGGAGGAUGAUCCCGAUGCUACUUAUACCACCAGCGGCGGGAAAAUCCCCAUCCGAUGGACAGCACCGGAGGCCAUCUCUCAUCGCAAGUUCACUUCUGCCAGCGACGUCUGGAGCUACGGAAUCGUGAUGUGGGAGGUGAUGUCCUACGGCGAUCGGCCUUACUGGGAGCUCUCCAAUCAUGAGGUGAUGAAAGCAAUUAACGAGGGCUUCCGACUCCCUGCCCCCAUGGAGUGUCCUUCUGCCAUCUACCAGCUGAUGAUGCGAUGCUGGCAACAAGAGAGAAGUCAGCGACCUAAAUUCACCGACAUCGUCAGCAUCCUGGACAAGCUCAUCCGCGCUCCCGAGUCACUCAAGACCUUGGCAGAGUUUGACCCUCGGAUCUCCAUCCGCUUACCCAGCACCAGCGGCUCAGAGGGGGUUCCUUUCCGAACUGUGGCAGAGUGGCUGGAGUCCAUCAAAAUGCACCAAUACACAGAGCACUUCCUAGAGGCUGGGUAUAACGUCAUUGAGAAGGUGGUGCAGAUGACCAACGAGGAUAUCAAGAGAAUCGGUGUGCGUCUACCAGGACACCAGAAGCGAAUUGCCUACAGCCUCUUAGGACUGAAAGAACAAGUGACCACCAUUGGCAUUCCAAUUUGAGCGGGAGAAAUUGUAUCCGGCAGCGGUAGCUUGGCUGCCUUCUUCCGCUACCGUUCUUUGCUUGCUCAGUCUAGAACCAUUCACAGACUUCCUGGUAUAUACUUGAAGUGGAGAAUCAACGUGACCUCUCUCACUAAGGAGGCUGGCAGUUAAAGUGCCUCUCUUCCCCUCGGCUUCACAGUCCCGUAUUUAUUGCCUGUCUUCUGAGGAAUCUUGGAAAUGCCUUGUGCCAAUUGACGAAGUAUCCAGGACGAUGGUGCCUUAUUUCCUCAAGCGCAGCAGCCACGUGGCAUUCUGCCAGCCUGACAUUUGGCCUGGAAAGAUCCUCAGGCUACUGAAUGUUUGUACCCCUUCUUCCCCCCACCCACCUUCUUUCAUCUCCUUUCUCCAUUUUGCUUCCCAAACCUUUGACUACUGCAACUGAGAUCCUUGGUCCAUCGCUGGCUGGCUGGCGUGCCACACUCUUUUGAGUUUUUUUCUGAAACAAAAGCCUGUUCCUCCUUUUUCACAUUCAAAUAUCUUGGGGUCUUUUUCUUGAACAUUAAAAGUGGAGAAGUCCAUAAUUAUAGCUUAUAUAGGAAGCUAGGCGUUUAGCUUUAAUCGGAUUAGCACCAUGCACAUUUAGAAGACCACAGCGGUAUAAUAGGAACUGCUGGAUAUUCUGUUCUUGAUUUUUUUGCUGCUCUUCUGGGAGUUUUUCUUCUAUAUUUUUUACUCCUUUGCUCUUUAAUGAACCUAACCUGGCACUUCCAAGAGACUUUACGCAGUCUCUGCUCAAGCCUCACCUUAAAGGUGGUUUGCCAAGAAUAAUCCAGAGACCCACUCUUUGCAAGUCAGCUUGUUGUUAUUUAUUCUUCCUUCCUUCCUUCCAAACUGCUCCUUAAAUGCACUCUUGACUUCUGGACAGUUUAUUCUUCCUUCAUAUCAAUAUUUCAUUA